AUGAGGGUCCUCGCUGCCCUCGGUUUGCUCGUCGCAGCUGUCGCUGCCUUGGAUGUCCCCUACUCCGUGCCGAAGCUCGUGUUCGAGCCCAGGCAGGAGUACCUGUACAAGUACCGCACGACCGUCGCCCUGAGUGUGCCGCAGAAGGCGACGCACGCUACUGGCGAGGAAGUCUAUGCAUACCUGAAGGUCAGCGUCACGGCUGCCGACCCCGUCGCCAAGACGGCCAGGCUGUUCGUGCAGCUCCUGAACGUCACCACUUCGGUGUUCGACAAGGAAGUGCACGACCAUACCGAGGCUGUGCCGGGCCUGUACCACACGCCCCUGGAACAGUACCUGCACCUCUUCGAGAAGCCGGUCGUCUUCACGGUCGAGCAGCUCAAGGUGACCACCAUUGAGGCUCCCGAGGAUCUUCCCGAGCCCGUGGUGAACCUGUACCGUGGACUCGCCUCUGUGCUGACCUUCAGCGAGCCGCUCACCCACGCUGUUCCCUUCAGCAAGGUGACGCCCGUCAGUCCCGACGACGAAGUGGUCGUGUACAAGGUCUUCGAGCACGACCUUGUGGGUCACUGCGAGACGACCUACCACGUGCUGUCCGACGUGCACGACUACUCCGUGCUGAACCUGACCAAGACCAAGAACUACCACAAGUGCUUGGGUCGCACGAGCGUGUUCCACUACGCCGACUACGAGUACCAGGGAUGCCCGCAGACGUGCCAGGUCCACAAGCCGGCGACUGUCUUCGAGAACGUCGAGCCCGAAUUCACCAAGUACAACGACCCCUUCGGUUCCGGAUGCGUCAAGGAGUACUACCAGAAGAACGACCUUGGUGACUCCUUCCUGACCGUCAAGUACAACGUCAGCGUUCUGGGAGAGUACGGUCUCCUGGAGACUGUCAAGGCCGUCGACAAGAAGGUUCUCGUCACCGGAAAGCAGCAGCUGGUUGCCACCUCCGUGCUGGCCCUCGAGCUCCUGUACAAGAAGUCUCUCGUCAGCGCCUUCGAUGACACUACGGCACGCGCCAAGACCUACAGCAACCUGACCUACGCCUACCCCGAGCAGCACUACUUGGUCCACGGACCAGCUCUCGAGCUGGAGCACCUCAGCCUGUGGGGACCGGUCGACCGCAAGGAGGCCAUGGUGGCCGCCCGCGCCCUCGUCGCCAGGCUGGCCGAGCUGGUCGCUCUCGACGACCUCGAGGUCAAGGACGACUACGCCGAUCUGAUCGUGCAGCUGCUGACCGUGGUCAACGCCCUGCCCCAGGAAGACCUCGAGCUCCUCCUGAAGACCGUUGUCUCGCUCGAGAAGGUCAACGAAGUCAGCGAGAAGGAAUACAUCGAAAGGAAGCUCCUUCUCGACGCCCUGAGCCUUGGUGGCACCGAUGCUACUGCAAAGACUGUCCUCACGCUCCUCAAGGAGGAGAAGCUGACCCUCGUGGAAUCCGUCCACGUGCUGACCACCCUGCAGACCUCCCUGGCCAAGCCCUCUACCGAAGUCCUUGACGAGCUUCUCGACCUGUGUGUUGGCGGCAAGUUCACCGAGGAGCGCCUGCUUUUCUCGACCUCCUGCCUGGCCCUCGCCAAGGCCGUGAGGAAGCACUGCACGCACCACGACCUGCCGCUGCCGACCAACCUCAAGCAGAAGGCCAUGAUGAGGAACGUGAUGAAGAUCCGCUCCAAGCACCACGGCUCCUCGGAGGAGUUCGACGACGAGGUGACCCCCGAGUACAAGGAGCUGCCCCAGUACGACACCAGCGUGUCCUGCUCUCUGCAAGACUACGAGAAGUACGUCCAGGCCGUCGUCAGCAAGCUGGAGCAGUCCAAGGAGUUCCACGUGGUCGCCGUUCUGCUGCACACGCUCGCCAAGCUGGAGCACCCGCUCGCCCUCAAGGCCGUCGUUCCGUUCGUGCUGGGCAAACACCCGCUCUGCAAGCUGACCCUCGGCACCGAGGACGAAUCCGAGGCCUGCCAGUACCUGCGUCUGGUCACUCUCCACUCGCUCAAGCACAGCACCGUCGCCCAGGCCGCCGCCGUGCAGCCCCUGCUCCAGACCGUCUACUUCGACAAGGACGAGGACUACGAGCUUCGUGCCGUGGCGCUGUCGCUGCUGCUGCUCACGACGCCCCCGGAGCCCGUGCUGGCCCGCGUGGUGCUCGAGCUGCCCCGCGAGAAGAGCCUACAGGUCGCCUCCUACACCUACCACACCCUGCUGGCCUUCUCCAACCACACCCUGCCGUGCUACCAGCCGACUGUGCACCACCUCAAGAAGCUUCUUCCCGCUCUUGCCCACUACAAGUAUGGAAGCCAGUACUCUACGCUCCACUUCGCCACCGACUACUCCGUCGAAACCGGCGUCGGUCUUCAAGGCUACGUCGGAGUCGUCAAGAGCAACGUCUCCUUCGUGCCUCGUAGCUUCUUCUACACUCUUGACUUCACCAAGGGCCCGUACACCUCCUCUCUUUUGGACGUCAUGGUUGUGAGCAAGGGUCUCCAGAACGUGCACAAGCUGCUGCUCAGCGAGGACGGUCCACUGUCUCUGCUUUCCAGCGCCUUCAACAGGGUCCGCCGUGGCAUCCGCAUGAACCUUGGCGACACCUACACACCCCUGACUGUGCUUCUCGACGUCCUCGACCAGCACUUCGACUUCGACACAGAGAGCGUUGUCGAGGAGCCCAAGCUUGUGUUGGACACCAAGUUCCUGGGAACCGACCUGUUCCUGCCCCUCGACAAGUACUUCGUCAAGGAGCUUCUCACGAAGGGCGCCGAGUACGUCAAGGACAAGUGGGUGCACCCGGUCAACUUCCGCUACGUGCAACUGCGCGUGCCCUACACCUACCGCAAGGUUGUCCCCACCGUGGUGGGAUACCCGGUCGCCAUGACCACCCGCUACCCCACCGUGGUGUCCCUGUCCUACAAGGACUUGAAGGUCCGCUACCAGCCGAACCCGAAGAGUCUGGUGCCUUCCGUCUUCGCCGUGUCUGCUCUGGUGCAGCCCACCGUGUACACCACCGCCGUGACGUCAACCCUGACCGUGACUCCAUUCACCAAGCUGGUGGCCGCUGUCCGCGUCAUCGAGAAGACCCGCCUCACGCACCCGCACGACGUCGCCCUGCAGUUCUCCAGCGUAAACCACACCCUGGCCUUCACCUUCAGGCCGCGCUUCACCAAGUUGUUCACCCACGAGACCAAGACCAUGACCUACACGACCCCGGCGUUCUUCUUCACCGCCCCCCAGCGAUCGGUGCUCGCCACCAUGACCGUGCUGGCCACCCAGUCCAAGCCGUUCGAGUACAAGAAGGUCCUGGGCCACAAGUACGUCGGUGUCGGCCUCGAGGUCACCGGCCUCACCGCCGAGCCCAAGAAGACCCCGCUGGUCCUGCUCGCCAAGCGCAAGGAGCUCGUGAAGUCCCUGCUCGAGGUCGUCCUCAACCCGUGGGCCGUCUCCAGGAAGUGGGAGGCUCGCCUCGUCCGCAACCCGCUGACACCCGUUGACGAGUACAAGGUCGUCCUUCGCCUGAGCAACACGCUGAACGGCACCGACCCCGCCGACUACGUCAAGGAAGUCAAGCCGCUGUACCGCACCCAGGCGCACUACCCCACCGUUCGUCACAGCUACCCCGAAGACCUGAAGACCCCCGUCUACGAGGAGCUCUUCGAGAAGGCCACCGGAUUCCUGCCAUCCGAGCUGGACCACUACGAGGUCCUGCACAAGGUCGUGGAGGCCUCGAAGGUCACCUCGUACCCCAAGGCCGACAACGUGGCGCCCCUGCUCCAGAACGUGACCAACACCACCUACGCUUACGGACUCGAGUUCGUCGUCUCUGCCCUCGGACCCCUGGUGCCCAAGGCCGUGUACGGUCACUUCGUGUACGGAACCAGCUUCGACAAGACCCUCAAGCUGUACCAGCUGUACGCCAACAAGGUCGACAGCGAGUACGAGGCUGUGGUGAACUCGGCCCUUGUGAAGUCGCCCAAGCCCAGCCCAUUCAAGACUUACGCUACGAAGAAGGAGUCCCAUUACCUGUACGCUACCAGCACCGCCGAGGUCUCCACUUCGCACUACGGACCCCUCAAGUACAGCGUGGAGCUCGAAGCCUCCCCAAGUGUCGAGCAACUCGAGUACUCUCCGCUUACGGUUGUUAAUAGCGCCAUAAAGAAGGUCAUGACCAAGCGUCCCCGCGCGAUUCAGAGCAGCCUCUGGAGGCACGAAGAGCCCCAACAGAAAUACGAGCUGCCGUACGAAUCUUCCGCGAUGAGGAUGGAGAACAUCGGCGCAUACAGCGUGCCCGUGACCGAGCUGCCGUGGUACUACGCCAAGUGCCAGGAGGACGUCGAGGUCGGCAAGGAACUUGUCAGCUACGCGUGCAAGAAGGUCCACUGGCACGAGCACCGCCUGGACAAGUUCGUCCUUAAGGUCACCCUGCCAACCCAGUACCCGAGCCUGCUGCUGAACGCCACCCACAAGCUGUUCCAGACGGCCAAGGUUCUGUUGUACGACAAGUCCACGACCGAGUACGUCGAGAGCCCCGUCGUGACCGAGGGCCAGUUCCUCGUGGAAGCCGUGCUCGAAGAUUUCUACACCGGAGUGACCACGGCCAACGUGACCGUGCACACCCCCCACUUCGAGAAGGUCACCUUCAAGCGCCUGCCUUGGCUCAAGCCCCUCAGGCCCACCGUCGCCUACGACUUCACCACGCAGUUGGUGUCCGUCGCCAGGAAGGGAUACCCCUUCCCGACUUGUGUGGUCAGCCCCUACUACCUGAAGACCUUCGACAACGUCACCCUUCCCCUGGAGACCCUGAAGAAGCAGGUUACUCACGUGCUGGUUCGCCACGCGGUCGACGACCCUGAGUUCCUCGUCCUCCUUGAACAGAAGAGCGAGGAUGCUACGGCCCUGCAAGUCGUGCUCAAGAACCAGACACUGGUCAAGCUGACGCCGCCCAAGGACCAGAGCACGUACGAGGUCGAGGUCAACGGCACCCUGCUCACCGUGGACCCGCUCAAGUCGCACGUUCUGCAGUACUACCACAACUACAGCUCGCAAGUGCUGCUCUACGUCACCGUCCACCCCGAGACGGCCCCGACCCUGUGGCUGAAGGUCCGCGACUCUGGCCUCCUGCUGGCUUACAACGGAAGCAGCGUGCUCGUCACGGUGAGGUCACCCAAGUACACGGGCACCUUCGCCGGUCUCUGCGGCGACAACAACAAGGAGUCCCAGUACGAGUACGUCACCCCCGAGAAGUGCGUCGUCACCGACGUCGAAGACUUCCUGAACGCCUACUCCCUGGAGCCCGAGACGCUGCUCAAGGGUCACGUGUUCUGCCCGUACGGCGUUACUCUCAAGGUCGGCACUACCAGGUACAACAGCACCACGUAUAACAGCACCAGGUAUAACAGCACCAGCUACUACCCCACCACCUACAACCACACCACCUACAACCACACCACCUACAACCACACCAAGUACAACAACACCAAGAGCGUGAGGACCAGCAAGAUCGGCAAGAUCAUCAGCAAGAUCACCAAGAUCCGCGGACACUGGGUGGACGAGGACGAAGUGGCCGCCCAGGUGACCACCCCGGAGUGCCUCACGGAGCGUCGCAAGAUCAUCUACGAGGAGGGCAAGGUCUGCAUGAGUCUGGAGAAGGUGACCGCCUGCAAGCGCGGAUGCAAGCCCAUCCAGACUAAGCCACAGGAGCUCGAGUUCGUCUGCCUGAACAAGGAGAACCCCACGCUGAAGAAGAUGCUCAAGGACAUCCAGAGCAAGCGCGAGCUGCCAUUGUCGCUGACCGGCAUCCCGACCAUCACCAAGACCGUCGACAUACCGGUCGACUGCGUCACCAAGUAAAGGAAGUCGCCGGGCCCACCACGCGAC